ACACCAAAACAUUCUCUUCCACAUUUACGGAAUACCUAUCCUACCUUUCGCAAUACACGACCUAAAACUUUGUAACGGUAUUUUGCUGCCGAAGCUCCAGAGUAGCCCCUUGUUUUAUUGGCAGUUCAGAGUUCUACCCGUCUUGACACAUUGUCAAUUGAACCUUUUUUUUUAAUCUGCAUCCGAAACAUUAACCCCGAAAUCUUUCGCCCUCGCCCGCCGAGCUCUGUCUUAAAUUGAAGCCUGGUGAGCUCGGCUGCGCAAUAAUGUCCGCCGAAUCCAGCGUUGACGCCGCUGCGCCGACGCUCAUCCUCAGCCCGGAAGAAAAGCGAGUAUAUGGCCAACUAUUCCGAGAAGCGGACGUUGAGGGUGCGGGUAUCGUAACGGGCGAUGUAGCAGUGAAAUUUUUCGAGAAGACCCGACUUGACUCACGCAUUCUUGGUGAGAUCUGGCAGGUAGCUGACAAUGAGAAUCGCGGCUUCUUGACACCUGUUGGCUUUGGACUCGUCUUGCGACUCAUCGGCCAUGCCCAAGCCGGACGCGAACCAACCCCUGAACUGGCCAUGCAACAGGGUCCUCUGCCGCGGUUCGAUGGGAUCAAUAUUAGCGCCGCACCCGUACCACCGCCGGCUCAUCCACCGCUACAAGCACAAGGAACUGGUAGCGGGCCCAUACGAAUACCGCCCUUGUCGCCCGAGAAGGUCGUACAAUAUGCCACCGUCUUCGAGAAGCAGAACCUACAACCUGGUGGUAUACUAGCCGGUGACCAAGCAAAGAACAUAUUUGAGAAGUCAGGCCUACCCAACGAAGUCUUGGGGCGCAUCUGGCAGCUCGCCGAUACGGAGCAGAGGGGCGCCCUUGUGCAGACUGAGUUUGUUAUUGCAAUGCAUCUCCUUAGUUCUAUGAAGUCUGGUGCUUUGAGAGGCCUACCGAAUAUUCUCCCUGCCGCGCUUUAUGAGGCCGCUACACGACGCGCUCCUGCGCCGAGACAGAGCCCAGCAACUACAGGCCCACCCAUAUCUGCUAUACCGCGACAGUUAAGUGGACAAGCACAAGUGCGAACAACCAGUCCGCUAGGAAGGCCGCCGUUAGGUCCUCCCCCUCCAGGCGUACCGCCUCAGGUGACUGGAGGCGACUGGCUCGUCACACCUGCUGAAAAGGCAAGAUUCGAUCAGCUGUAUACUGAAUUGGAUAAGGCAAACAAAGGUUUCAUCACAGGAGAGGAAGCGGUCCCUUUCCUAAGCAGAUCCGGCUUGCCCGAAGACGCUUUAGCUCAAAUCUGGGAUCUCGCGGACAUCAAUUCAGAGGGUCGGUUGAACAGGGAUACCUUCGCUGUUGCCAUGUAUCUUAUUCGCCAACAGCGAACUAGACGAGACAUUCCACUGCCCACAGUGCUUCCGCCGAACCUCAUCCCUCCGUCUUUGCGAACCCAAGCCCGUGCUCCUAUCGGCCCGUCGCCAUUUGAUGUUCCGGCCUCUUCGCCUCCGCCACAGCCGCCUCAACCUCAACCUCAGCCAAAGUCCGCCAUUGAUGACCUCUUCGGACUUGACGCCUCGCCUAGCCCCGCUCCGGCUCAGGUCCCGGUGUCCACUGGAGGCUCAACAACGAGAGACCCCUUCGCCAGUGGCCCACCAGGUUCACCAAUUCGAACAUCUCCUACGGUUAAUACAUUCAAGCCAUUCAUUCCAUCCUCCUCGUUUGGGAAAACUUUAACUUCUCAUGAUACCGGGGGUUCUGCCGGCUCGGGCCAAGCUCAACGGAGCCCCGUGCCCGCUUCGGCGUCUACUAUGGAAGACCUGCUCGGCGACAAUGACCCGGAAAUCAGUAAAAAGCUAACUAACGAGACGGCCGAAUUAGCGAACUUGUCUAAUCAAGUCGGAUCUUUAUCAAAGCAGAUGCAACAAGUUCAGGGACAGCGUGGUUCCACGCAAAAUGAGAUCAAUCAAGCUAGCGAGCAGAAGAAAAACUUCGAGCAGCGAUUAUCUCAACUGCGCGCCUUAUAUGAGAAGGAAGCCCAAGAUGUUCGAGCUCUAGAAGAACAGCUUAGGAACAUACGCGACGAAACGAAGAAGCUUACGAACGAGUUGCUCACAAUUGAUGGCACAUACAAAGACCUGCAGGGUCAACACCACCAAAUAUCCCAAGCUCUUCAGGCCGACCAGCAAGAGAACGCAAGUCUUAAGCAGCGCAUCAGUUUCGUCAACACCGAGAUUGCUCAAUUAAAGCCGCAGAUCGAAAAGCUGAAAUCAGAGGCUCGACAGCAAAAAGGGAUGGUAGCCAUCAACAAGAAGCAACUUUCCACGACCGAAGGCGAACGAGACAAGCUAAAGACCGAGGUUGAAGAUCUCACGAAGAGCAAUGAAGAACUCUCUCGUCAGGUCAACACUGGCUCGCCGGUUGCAACCUCCGCUCAGCUAGCGAGUCCGGCACCGUCGACUGCUAGUGCAAACAAUCCCUUUUUUAGGCGAACGGGGAGCACGGAUAUAAUGGGUGCGUUUAGCUCACCUCCUGUCAAACCCUAUGGUGAAAAGUCGUUUAAUGACAUAUUCGGCGACUUUGGGGGUGACAGCACAUCACCGGCACCUGUGACAUCGUUCAAACAUCAAAACACCGGCACGUCUACUGCUAGUAUUGGGUCCUUUGCCACCCCAACUAGCUCUACCCCAACUGUGAGUCGUCAGGCCACGUUGACUGCCGAACCUCCUGUGCCAACUGAACCACGACAGCCCAGUCCGAGCUUCGCCCAGUUCGGCGAGGCAUCCGAGACGCUUACACCCUCACGCCAAGUUUCGCCUCCCGUCAGCAGGUCUGGUGAAAAUGCCCCAACUCCUUCCGCUUCCACUCCUGCUCCAAUGGAGGCAAUGUCUACCGGUCAGAGUCUGACAUCAAACUCUGAUUCCAACCAGAAGUGGACCCCGCAGAGUGAAGAGAGACCAAAAUCCCCCCAUGACGGAUCCAUUCCUGGAUCAUUCCCAGAUGAGACCCCAACAGCACCUGCACCAACCACCCCGUACGCCGGUAACAGGGACAGCGAUCUGUUCGGCAACUUGAAAGACAAUGGCAACGCAAAGGUAGAUUUUGACUCUGCCUUUGCAAGCAUGGCCAGCUCUUCAAGCAAGGCCCAAGACAAGUCGACGAAAGAUACUUCCAACGCAUUCUCGACCUUCAACUCGGAGUUCCCUCCUAUCUCUGAGCUAGAACGAGAUGAUGAAUCGGACUCCGCCAGCGAGGGAAACCGGUUCGACGAUGACUUUGCCCCGGCGUCCCCGGCCGAUAGGAAGACUGAACCCAAGGAAUCUCAGCAGGCCCCAGCUUCUCCCGCUGCAUCAAAGGCUAGCGCUGCCGCGACGGACGGCCCAGACAGCGCUGCUGCGGGAUCUCAUACGUCCCAUCCAUCUAAUGAUUUAUCAGUAUUCCCUGAGCCACCAAAGGCUUCUCCGUCCUUCUCUUCUGCAUCUAAGGGUGGAGAUUCGUUUGCUCCGACGCCAACGACGGUGACGAACACAGCUCCUAGCGGAUCUAAGGCCGCUUUUGACGACUUAGAUGACGAGUUCGCAGACCUAGAAGAUGCUAAAGAAGGUUCGGCGGACGAUGAGUUUGCCAACUUGUCGCGAUCCAAUCUUGACGAUUUUAAUCCUGUAUUUGAUAGUAGCCCACCACCAAGUCAACCUAAGAGCGAAUCGACGAACGUGUCGAACACGUUCGGAAUCGAUAGCAGCUAUGAUUUUGGCACGGUCUCGUCUAACUCGGGCGCGAUGGCUAGUGCAGCUCCGGCCACUAACAAUGCCAACACUGGUUCCUUCUCUACCCAAGGUCCUGCCGCACCAAACAACCAAGAUUGGGAAGCCAUUUUCGCCAGCCUAGAUUCCCCCAGCGAAGCCCCUGCGAAACAGAGUAGCGAUGAGAACAAGAGCCCCGUCCAAAGUCAUAGCUCUGGUAGGCCAAGCACCGUGGGGAGAGCAUUGAGCGACGAAGGGAAGCACGAUGACCCAAUCGUCAAGAACCUGACGGGCAUGGGUUACUCGAGAACAGAUGCGGUGAACGCGCUUGAGAAGUACGAUUACAAUCUCGAGCGGGCCGCAAACUACCUAGCUAACCAGUCCUAAAAUUCAGGUCUAGCAUACCGCGAAACACAUCGACAGACAAAAUGAAUGAUUCUUUGUUUUGAUACGGAAGAUACCUCACUUGUAUAGGCGCCGAAUUGGAG